GCAUCACGUGACGGGGCAGCCAGCGUCCUCCCACAGAGGUGCGUAAACAGGCGCCUGCGGCCGGGUCUCCCGCGAACUGCAGGCUGGCGGUGGGGGCGGCGCCUCAAUCUCAGCGCCCACCUGAGGUGACCCCUGCGUCUUCCAGACCCGGGUCUCCCACGCGGUUCACAGUUACAGCCGCCUGCCACCAAGGAGGCGGCCCGCGUCCCAGGCCCGGGCAGGGGGUGUGGCCGUCUGACGCCGGUCUGCGACAGGUGGCGGUCAGAGUCGGCCCCUCACGCGCGCUUCUCUGUCCCAGGGUCGGGGGCCAGGCGCGCAUCCCGUGGAGAGGCAGCGCGACCCUGGGCGGUUAGCCCUUCCGGCUCGGAACUCGGUUCUGCGCUUGAGGCCAGCCCGAGCUUGGGUUGCCAGGACGUGUGGCGUUGAGGGCCUGGAGUUGUCCUGCCCCUGACGAGCUGUGAGACUGUGGUUUGAAGUCCAUGGCCCAAGAUGACUCUACCAGUGGAGACUCUCUUCUAUAAAGAAGGAAACCGGAUCAGAGGCUGGGAUGAGCAUGCCACUGCAUCAGAUCUCUGCCAUUCCAUCACAGGAAGCUACUUCUGCUAGAGUCUACAGAAAUAAGACCAAAGAAAAGGAGAGGGAAGAACAGAAUGAGAAGACUUUGGGACAUUCCAUGAGUCAUUCAAGCAACAUUUCUAAGCUGGCCUGCUGUUAUAUCCAUAGCCCAGUUGUUCCAGGACAUUGGGACACAUUGCAGAGAGACCUAAGACUCAAGUGCAGGGUUCUGCGGGCACCCCUCUGCUCAGUGGAGAAGGACAGUGACCUGGAUUGUCCUUCUCCCCUGUCUGAAAAAUCUACCCCCAUCUCUCCUGUGUCCAUCUCAGGGGAUGCCUGCAGGAUAUGCCACUGUGAAGGUGAUGAUGAGAGCCCCCUGAUCACCCCCUGCCACUGCACAGGAAGCCUCCACUUUGUGCACCAGGCCUGCCUGCAGCAGUGGAUCAAGAGCUCUGACACGCGCUGCUGUGAGCUCUGCAAGUAUGAGUUCAUCAUGGAGACCAAGCUGAAACCUUUGAGAAAAUGGGAGAAGUUGCAGAUGACGGCCAGCAAGUGCAGGAAGAUCACAUACUCAGUGAUGUUUCAUGUCAUCGCCAUCACCUGUGUAGUCUGGUCCUUAUAUGUGCUCAUCGACUGUACUGCUGAGGAGAUCAAGCAGGGGCAGGGAACAGGAAUCCUAGAGUGGCCCUUUUGGACUAAAUUGGUGGUAGUGGCCAUUGGCUUCACUGGAGGACUUCUUUUUAUGUACAUUCAAUGUAAAGUAUACCUGCAAUUGUGGAAGAGACUCAAGGCUUAUAAUAGAGUGAUCUAUGUUCAAAACUGUCCAGAAACAAGCAAAAAGAAUAUUUUUGAAAAAUCUGCACUAACAGAGCCCAGUUUUGAAAAUAAAGAUGGACAUGGAGUCUGUUAUUCGGACACAAACUCUUCUUCUUGCACAGAGCCUGAAGACACUGGAGCAGAAAUCAUUCACGUCUGAUGGUGUGGAGGGUAUUGUUUUUGUGGACAUCUAUGAAGAGCUAAAGGAAUUUGUUUACUGCCAAUUGUGUACCUUUCUAAGUCCUUUAAAUAGUAUAGACUUGG